AUGGAGUUCUCACGGCUCCCUCUUCUCCCCAUCCCGGCUUCGAUACGCCGUCGGCUGCCCCGGCUGUAUCCGUCGCAUAGGGCUGGCGUCGAAGCCGAAACGGGCGGGAAAUUACGGCACUCGUCUUCUGAGCCGCACCUGCCUUUGCCAGAUCAUGGAAGCCUCACGGAGAUCGCGAUUGAGACGCGGCCCUCAACAGCGAGUGAUGAUCUGAGUUUUGACUCGUCUGGGGGGUCUAGUCCUCGUGAGGACACCGGGAUUCCGACGAAAUAUGAGACUGAGUCGGGGUUACGGUGGAAUCGUGUAGUACCCGCGUUCAAUCUUCUCCGCAACGCAGGCUACGAAGCACAACAGCCACGUGCUGAUGGGCGACUCGCGCGGUCACUCUAUAUUAACGCAAUCAUGUACCUACUUGAUGCCUUGCCAUCGGAUCUUACUGCUGAUGAAACUAUCAUGAUCGAACACCGAUUACCACAGUCCGUCAAAGCAUCAAUAGCGGCAGAGCCACAGAUCCAUCUCGCUGGCUUGGAGGGUCAUGGAGAAGCGAGACCUGGGCCUCCUACUAGGUCAUAUCUGCAUCGGCUUCUCGCGUCCAUGAUUGUGCAGAUAUUUCUUAUCGUGCGGUUCAUCCUGCCUUAUGCAAAGUUAUUCUUGCGAAAUGUCUAUGAAUACGAGCGCUCCCAUCGUCUGACGGAGCGUUUUGUAAGCACGACGUUAGAUGCGGCAGAUGGACUAGGCAAGAGCAGUGUCCACAUUGGAUCUGCGGUGUGCAAAUUGAAUGAAGGGAAAUUUGGGACUGUAAUGGGAAAUGUCGCAGCCUGGUGGGUCGAAGGCAUUGCGGGUGGAGUAUACGAGGGAGUUGGAGAAGGUAUGACUCAAUUAGGGUUGUUGAGGCCGGGACUGGAGCUCGAUAGACUGGUUUUGCAAGUAAAUAGGCCCUAG